GCUCCAAGCAGCUCCUCACUAUCUUGUGCGGGGUCACGAUGGUAUCAUCCGCGACAUUCUACGCAACGGGUCUGAUUAUUGAUAAAGUCGGAAGCUGACCCGUAUGAAUUUUCGAGUGGCUACUACGUUGGUCACGUUCAACUUCUUCUAUCUACCAUAUCAAGGCUCAUACUGUGACUCAUAUAUGAGUUGAGACCUCUGAAUAAAAAGGGCAAUAUCAACAACUCAAUCACCUGUGACUCCAUUGAGCCUCACUACAGUCCAGCGAUAUCUUUGAGCUCUGAAGUCGUUGAUAUUAGAGCACAGUUACAUCUGGGAUUGUUAGUCAGUUACUUCUCUCUGAGUCACCACCUUUCAACACAAAAUGUCCGCCGCAACUAGCGCUGCACAUAAUCAUGCCUCGAGCAUCGAUGGCAGCAUCUUCUCCGCGACCGGAAUGGUCGCCCUUAUAACUGGUGGCGGUACGGGCAUCGGCCUUAUGAUGGCAAAGGCCCUUGCCCAAGCCGGAGCACACCGCGUGUAUAUCGUCGGCCGUCGGACCGAAGUUCUCAAAGAGGCGGCCGCGUCAAUCAAUCGUCCUGGCGUGGUUGUACCGAUAACGGCUGACGUGACGUCCAAAGCGUCCCUCGCAGAAGCCGUCAAGGCCGUUGAGAGGGACACCGGUCACCUGAACCUCCUGGUCUGCAACUCUGGUAUCGGGGGUCCUCCAUCGGAGCCGCAGAUCACCCCGCAUACGACCAUUGAACAGUGGAGGAAUCAGCAACUCUCAGCGGACCCAGCUGACUGGAACCAGACGUUCAAUGUCAACGUCACGAGCGUGUGGUUUACGACAAUGGCUUUCCUGUUACUACUCGACUCGGGUAACAAAAGGGGAAACAUUGCGCAGACAUCACAGGUCGUCGUGACGAGCUCCGUGGCUGCUUUUAAUAGAAAGGCACCGGGCGGCUGGGCGUAUGGUCAGUCAAAAGUUGCCGUCACUCACUUGGUGAAGCAGCUCGCAGUUGCUCUCCCGCAAUGGAACAUUCGGGCCAACUGCAUCGCGCCUGGACUGUUCCCCAGCGAAAUGUCGGCACCUAUCGUGCAAAGCGCCAUGCAAGGUGAUUCGACGUGGGAUGAGAGCAAACCCAUCCCGAUUGGACGCGAGAACGUACCCUUAGGUCGUAUGGGCAAUAGUGACGAGAUGGGCGGCACUAUAUUAUACCUGGCGUCGAGGGCUGGUGCGUAUUUGAACGGAAACAUUACGUUGAUUGAUGGAGGUCGGCUGGGAACAUUCCCUGCGACUGGGUGCUAACUUUGCGCAAUUGCCUUGAUUUUUUCUUCUUUCUUCUCCGGGAGAGCUGGUCUUAUCGCGUUGCGGAGCGCGUUUUCUUCUUCUAGAACUAGAUCUAGAUGUUUGUUAUAUGACAUCUCAUCGUUAACGUAUCGUAGGCGUAUGCUUUGGACUGAGACACCAACAAUGAGAGUGCAUAAUCGGGGAUUCGGAAUGCAAUAAAUUUGGCUACCUAGGCGGUUUGGUCUUUCACCACCUGAUCGUCGCCAUCGAAACCCACCCCCUCAGACCUUUUGGCGAUGCUAAACAAUCCCCCCUCAAGCACAUCUUGAAUAGACAGGCUCUUGGUCACAGAGUUCGCAAAAUGGAGGGGAAAAAUAUAAAGAAAAGAAAAG